AUGUCACAAGCUUAGGGGGGAAAAGCUAUGUUUUUGUCCUAGCGGAUGAUUAUUCUAGGUAUACUUGGGUGUUUUUCUUGGCACACAAGGAUGAAACCUUUGAAAACUUUCGUUCGUUUGUCACCAUGCACAAGCAAUCUUUAGAAAACAUUCGUAGUGACAAUGGAGGUGAAUUCAUUUCAGAUGAGUUUGCUGAUUUCUGUGACAAGUCAGGAAUAUACCAUACUUUAUCUGCUCCUCGCUCUCCUCAACAAAACAGAGUUGUCGGACGUAAAAAUAGGACUUUGAUAGAAUGUGCUCGUACCAUGCUUCUAGACUAUAAUCUACCUAAGUUCUUUUGGGCUGAAUCUGUAAACACAGCUUUAUACAUAAUUAAUCAUGUCUUGGAUAGGAAACAGUUAAACAAAACUCCCUAUGAAUUACUAAAGAGUAAAACUCCUAGGAUUUCGUACUUUCAUCCUUUUGGAUGUCCCUACUACACGCUGAAUACACGUGAUUCUCUAGGGAAGUUUGAUGCCAAAUCUGAUCCUGCUACCUUUCUUGGUUAUUCUUCAAAGGGUCAAGCUUAUAGAGUUUUUAAUAAGAGAACUAGAAAAGUGGAAGAAUAUGUUCAUGUCGUGUUUAAUGAAACAAUAUCUGUUGCACCAGAUCCUUCCAUGGCAUUUGAUUUAUGUGAACUCACUUCGUCCUGUCAAGAGUCUUAUAGUGAGCAGGAUACUUCAACCAAGACUCAGACUAUUGAACCUCAAGAUCAAUCUGUUGAAGAAUCUGAGCCAGCAACUGAGGUACCAAAGGCUCCACCUCACAUUCAGAAAAGACAUCCUGAAAGUCAGGUCAUCGGCAAAAUGAGUGAUGGACUUCAGACUAGAGGUAAGUAUAUCCCUGGUCAAUAUGCUUUUGUCUCCCAAUUUGAACCAAAAAACUGGAAAUAAGCUUUACAAGAUGAAGAGUGUUGUUUGUCUAUGGUAGAAGAAUUAAAUCAAUUUGAACAUCUGCAUGUUUGGGAUUUAGUUCCUAGACCUGCAAUUUGAACAUCUGCAUGUCAUAUGGCUUAAAAUCAACUUCAAGACUAUAGGAUCUCUAUCCCUUCUAUACCCUUAUUAUGUGAUAACACUAGUGCCAUUUGUAUGUAAAAAAAUCAUGUUCAACAUUCCAGGACAAAGCAUAUAGAAGUUAAGUUUUACUUCAUUAGAGAGGUAGUUGAAAAGAAUAUAAUUCAAUUAAAUCAUAUCUCAACUAAGUUCCAAUUAGUGGAUUUGUUUACCAAACCAUUAAAUGCUGAUCGAUUCACCUUCCUUUGUUAUGAACUCGGGCUUCGAUCUCCAGAGAAUCUGGAGAAUCUACCCUGAUUGACCAAUCUUCUUUCUUUACUUUUUCCCCUUUAUUGUUUCUUCAUUUUCAGUGUUUUUUCCUUAUCUUCGUGAGUUGUUUUAGCAUUUAUAGGUCUGUGCUUUUGGUCUGUUCAUUCAUCCUUAGAUCAAGUCUUGUAGCUUUCUGCCUAGGUUUCCAAUGGUGCUCGACUUUUCCAUCACCUAUUCAGGUACUUUUUUUCAUGACCCUAUCCAUGCUAAUGAUCAUAGGCAUGCUGUAUCUUAUGCUCGCCAUCCCAUCAUUCCCACUUAUCAAAUUCCUCAUGAUGGAUUGGUUGAGUAUGGUCUUGACUUUACUCAACUUAUUCACAAUCUGGGUUGGGACUUCCUUAUCAAUGAAACGCCUGAGCAUAUCUAUCCUGAUGGUGUGCGUCAGUUUUAUUCAAAUUUUCGAUCUUUUGGCCUUGAAACUCGUACCUUCACUACCCUGGUUUAUGGCCAUCUUGUUACUAUUCCCAUUGAAGAUCUCAGGCGUCUCCUCGCAUUCCUCAAGUUGGUGAGAUUUUAGCUCAUGAUUCUAAGCUUGUGUUGUUUAACUUCAAUAUUGAGCAUGAGUUUGUGCUUCUCAUUGGUCACCCUCUAGAUGCUCUGCUCACUCUUUCCACCGCAUUCCUGCUCCCUGCCAUUCGCACCUUUCAUUUUUUCCUCACUCCUCGAUUCCUUCCUAGGACUGUCGAUAGACCAAUACUUACACAUGUUUGCACCCUUAGUUCUUAUCCGUUUGCGGCUAGUAGUAGUGUAUUUUUGGCCCAUUUUACGCUGGGUUGUGCUACUUUGUCAUAUUUCAGGUCCCAGACGUCGAAGGAAAGGCUAAGCACGAGAUUUGGGGCGUUUGGAAGUCAUUCGGUCGAGCUGGGGGCAAAACACGGGCAAGAGGCCUGAAGAACACGGCCGUGUACACAAACAGGCACGCCAGUGUUUUUAUGUGCGAGAGCUGAAUUGAUGGAAAAGCAAAACACGGGCUGGCCUAAAGAAAAACACGUCCGUGUCCAUAUUUAGGAACUACCGUGUUUUGGCCGACGCGGGCGUGUUUUUAACACGUGGCAAGGGCACGGACGGGCAAAAGCAAAAUACGGCCGUGUCCUCGACCGUGUUUUGCCCAGAAUUGGGUUUUUGAGGCAGAUUGAAGCCAAAGGAAAGGGAGAGCUGGGUUUUGGAUCCCAAACACCCAAUGGACGAACCAAAGAGAGAGGGAGAUUUGAGGGCAUUCUUGGAGUGGAACUGGAGGAUUUCUUCGCCUAGGAAUCUCGAGGAACAAGCCCGGACUUGAAGACUGAUCAUCUGAAGAUUCUUACUGCAGUCUCUUUCUUCUCUAUGGAGAAACUUCCCUUCACUUAGGUUUUGAGGAACCCUAGCUAUGUUUGUUUGAUUGGAUGAUUGUAUGAGUACUCCUACUUGAUAAUCUUGAGUUCAUAUUCAAUCUAUGCUCGUUUUCAUGAUUCAAUUCUGCUUUAGUCGAGAUUAUUGAUUCUGCUUUGUAACUAUGAGAGAGAAUACCUGAUUAGGUCAAUAGAGCACCAUAGAUUGAUAGUAUUGGAUCGAUUGCUUUAGUCGAGGGUUGAUUCACUACUUUGUAUCAAUUAAGAACCUCAUUUGAUAGAGGGAGUCUAGUUCAGAACGCCUUGAUCGGUUGUUCUAGAGAAGCAUACGUCCCUCUAGGUAAUCGACUCAAGAGGGCCUUGAUCCUUUAGUCGAGAUUCAAGGUCUAGGCAAGGAUUCUCCGCAUUGUGAAUGAAAGUGAAACAAGUUAGAAAUCAUCAAUCAUUAAUCUGGCUAGUGGCUAGGGGGAAUCGUACCUAAGUGAGUUCCCAACCUGUAAGAUUAAUUUUAACUGUAGUUUGUUAGAGUAGUUUUAGUUGUUCCAUCUUAAUCUGGUUUGCUAGAUAAUGAACUAAAGCUGAGUAAUAGUAACUCUAGAGACCCGUGGAUUCGAUAUUUAUUACUUGAGCCACUAUACUGCAGUCCCUUCCAUUGGUUACACUUGGCCAUUGUUAGGAGUUGUGUCAUAGCGAGUCAACUGUCUUGUUAGAUCGAGUCACUCCUCUGGACCUCUGGGUCAUUCAGCAUGCUGUACAACGUUCCCCUGGACUAUUCUCAUCUUCUUCUCCCCCAUCUCUACAUGUUCCAGUACUUUGAGUUCCAGGGCCAUCUCCCCUUUGGUCCAAUCAUCACUCGUCUUAUCUCUCGCCUUGGGAUUUCCCUUGAUCCCUUUUGUAUCACCACUCCCACGGUGUAUAUCACCGCUGAUGAUGUCCUGGAUGAGAUUGCCAUUGCCGUUGAGGGGGAGGAUGCAAAGGACUCUGACUCGGAUUCAGAUUCUAUGAACUCUGAUGAGAGCAAUGAAGAAGGAGACUUUGUCGAGGAGGAAGUGGAGGAGGAACCUGCUGAAGAAGAAGACUCUGAACCUGAGGAAGAAGAGCCAAAUCAGAAUAUCGAAGUCCAUUGGAUCAACAGCAGUGACAAUGAUGAUGAUAGCUCUGAUUCUGGCUCUACUCCUUUGGAGGACGUAUUGGCUGCCCUUCGAGAUGCUUAUGGAUUUGAUUGAUUUCAUUGUCUGAUUGUUCUUUAAAAACUUACUCUCUGACUUUUUGGUUUGCUGGACGUGUUAUCCUAGAUUUGGAUUUAGUUUGCUGGAUGUGUGAUCAUCGGUUUUGAAUUCUUGCUGGAUAUUUAGAAGUUUUCAGUUGUUGAAAGUGUGCUUGGUUGAACUGGAUAAUCGUAGUGUUUGUCGGGAAAGGUGUCAGUUGUUUUACAGGGUUCAAGCGGACAAUCGACAAUCUCUAACGUAGGGGAGAUUGUUGAGAUGGCACGGAUCAAGUUAGCAGAUUGCAAAGAUAAUUGAAGCACAUAUUAGGAGGGGGGGGGGGUGGCAUAUCGAUCAAUCAGGGAUUUCAAUUACCAUCUGCUCAACCUUCCAUUUCUGCUCAAGAUUCAAACUUAACGACUCUCUUGGAAGGCUAUUUAAAGAAGCAGCAGAGGAAGGGUCAGUGCACUGAAACACGAGCUGGGAUUUUUGUGGUAGAGGGCAAAGGGUUGGGUCUUUAGUUCAGUGGCUUUGAUCUGUGCUGGGGUAGAGGUUCAGCUAGAUCAAAGGGUGUAACGAAUUCCUGUGCGAAUUCGGGUCUGUCGGUUUUGCCUUUUGAUUUUCUCACUUGUGUCUGUAAUCCUUUUCUCUUCUUUGUUUGAGUCUAAAAGAAAAUCAAAAGUGUCUCUCGGGAUAGUGGUACUAUCCUGGGACGAGGAGUAACCCUGUGGUGAACCUCGUUAAAAAUCUCGUUGUGUUCUUUAUCUUCUGCUUUCCUUUCUUCUUGUUGCUGCAAGGUGCCUCUAUUCUGUUUCAUUCUUGUUCUUUUUCUGAUUCAGCGAAGAAGAAGAUGUGUUUCCUUCUUCCUUCUCCGAACUGAAAACGUGCCUGUUGGGACUAAGCCCAUAUUUGAUUCUUUCGGAUAUGUGGGCUUAUUUAAUCUCGGCCCAACUGAAUCCUUCUCUUACUACAUAGCAAAGAUCAUUUCUGUCUGAGUCGUUUUGGUUGUUCUUCUGCUGACUUUUAUGGUCAAAAUCCCUAACUGAGUUGAGAGCAUUUCCUGUUUACAAUGUCUACAUGCACAACACAACAAUAAGAGAUUCCCUUGUAAUGAUACUUAUGAACAAUUAAGACAUUCACUGUGAUACUUGUGCCCUUAAUGAAUGUUGAUUGGUUACGACUUAUAAAAGACAGAAGCACUUGUUGCAAUCUAAUUGCUAACACUUUAGUCCUAGCCUUAUAGAGAGGACUUUUUUGCAAGCAAUAAGUCUGAAAUUAGUUACCCUAACAACAUUUGCUACUCUUUGGGCACUAACAUAAGAGGCUAUUGAAUUUAUACUGGGGGAGGGGGUGGGGGAUGACCACUUUCAAAGAAUUUCCUAAACACCUGCAAUAACAUCUUCACCCACCACACUCUAUAAUUUUUUUUAAAACCUGUUUUCUCGAAGAAUGGCCAUGCAUUCGAUCAUAGAUAAAUAACAGCCUACUAGCUAACAACGAAGAGAAAUAGCUCAGUAUCGUUUGUGCCCUACAACUAGUGAUCUCCAGAAUCUGUAGUCCCUAACAACAAAGUGCAGAAAGAUACAACAUCAUUCGAGAUUUGCUUAAUGACAGUGACUAAGCGACCCGAGUCUAGUUCAAGCUUCAAAAUAGUCUUUGCUGCUUAUCUCACUUGCACAAUUUGGUGUAAGAAGUGGUAUUAUAGUCUCCUUAGGACACCCAACUCAUCCUCUUAUGAUGGUAAAAACUCUCUUCAGCAUUUUUAACAAGAGCAUACUCACUUAGCAAUUUUCUCUCUGUCUCAAAAGUUUGCUUUUGUGAGAAUAUUUAAAGACCAAACUUGGGUUGUUUUCAAUUCCUGGUCCACUUUCUUCACCUUUUCACUAAUAUCCAUAAAAGCUCUACAAUGAU